AUGAAUAUGAAUGGCAGCAAUGCAAGAUCAUUAACAGAGUACAAAGUACAACAUCUUAGAACAUUUCAAGUUGCACCAAAAAAUGUCUUGCCAAAUACACAAACAGCUAUUGACUUAUUGAUGCAAGAAUGUUAUUCACAUGUACGUAGUUUCAAUAUGUCAAUUAUUGACAAUAAUAAUGAACCAUAUCUUGUACUGACUGAUCCACGUAAUGGGAAUCGUGAAGUUGAACGUUUUCGAGUAAGCCGUUUAGUUUAUCCAAGAUUUCGAUCAACUGAACCAACUAUCUGUCCUGUGAACAAUCUACUAACAUUCACCGUUAAAGCUGGUUCCAUGGAUAAUGGACAACCGAAAUGCAAUGAAAUACACUUAUUUCAAGUGUUAAAUUGUCCCGCUCAAACAGUUGUGAAGGCUUUGUUACGAGCAGGCGCCUUGGAUCAUGAUUUACAUGAAAAUGAAACUGAUGACUCUCAACUUAUACCUAGAGUUCCAUCUGAACCAGAAUUAAGAAUGCCAUUGAAAACGCAUACACUAGAAUUUCAAACACCGCCAAUGAUAACUAAAGAGGAAAGUGUCUACAGUGAAUCAGAAAUUAAUCGUGAAUGGAUUGAUCGAGAAGUUUCACUAUUGAACUACUGUUUUGAUGAUAUUGAGAAAGAUCUGAAAAUGAUUAAAAGUAGAUCUAGUAGACAGUUUGCUAACUCAGAACCAUCUGUGGCUACAUCAAGUCGAUCAAAAUCUCGAAUUUCAAGUGUCUCAACAAAUCAAACAUCCGGAUCCUUACCUGGAGAAUUGGAUGGACCUAUGAAAUCAGCUUCUGUUGAUUUCUAUGAGAAAUUGAAAUUUGCUUCUAUUCUGUUAGCAAGACUUGAUGGUUAUGUUGUGGAUCCAAACUCAGCUGUACUAAUAAGACAACUGUUCACUCUUUUAAAAUAUGCUGUUGACGCUACUCGAAAUCCAAGGACAAGAAAGUCAAACAUAGCUCGGUCUGUUGUUCAUCCAAGAUUUCCAUUCCAUACUAUUUUAUUUAUUCAGUCAAAUCUAACACAAGAAUAUGAAAAACUAUGGCGUAACCUUGGAGAUGCUUGGAAUACGCCAAGAGAAGAAUAUCCAGAUGAUAGUUUUAUUUAUGUACCAUACUUUGACAAUGGGUUUAUCGUGAAUACUGAUGAAUAUGAACCGUCUUUAUUUAAUUAUAAAUCACCAAAUGUGAUUGAUCGACAAGAUAGAAGAUAUAUGAUUCCAACAGGCAGUGCUUUCGAUACAAAUCGAUCAAUAAGAUCUAAAAAAACAUUGUUCAAAAGAAGGAUACUGUCCAAAAUCAAUACUGAAAAGUCGAGAGACGAUGUAAACUCUAAAAGCGUAGGUUAUGCUUUCACAAUGAUAACAUUUGUGUAUGUAUCAAAAAUACCUAGAUUACAUCUAGCAUAGUGGGUUUCUUUCAUUCAACACUAUGUAAUGAAUAGCAUGGUAAGAUAGAAUUUUACUUCAAUUUUCGGUUCAGUUCGGCGCUUCAGGCCGGAUUACUUGGCUUCAUGGAUUUUAUUUUCAAGAACCUGGUGGAACGGUCCCAUCGCUGAUCAGGAAACAUUCAAGUAACACUUACAUAUGAAAACUAGCACUCCUGCCAGAGAACUCUGUUAACGCCUCCUCAUAAUUGAUCAGUGCAAUAUCAAAACCCUCCACACUGUCAGACUUCGAUGCAUCCAUAUUCACUCGGUAAUCGUUGACUGCACUCACCUCCCUGUGAGAUGACAUGAAGGGCAUGCUUCUCACUGAGUGUCCAAAGUCUUGCAGAUCAGAUAUAACUCACGUUCCCGGAAGAUUAUCUCUCUCACACUAUAUUGUUUCUCCCAGGUUAAUGAUAUACAGUCAAGGAUAGGGCUAACGAAACCGGCAUUCCGAAAAGAAUAUCAGUAACAUUCGCAAAAUAAACCUCACUUGUCCUUAACAACUGUUUCAACAAGUGACUACUGGAAUUAGCAAGCUGGAUUCCCUUACCCUUCGGUCACACUGUUCACGGGGACUGAGUGGAAUCCUCAUGGCUAGCUAAACCUUCCCCGUUUUGAAGCUCCACACCACUGCUUUUUGCAUAUGGAUCUCGUCAACCGCGUUUACCCCUGAGCCAAUUUCGAUGGUGGACUGAUUGAUAAUCUAGUGGGUCAUUUAGAGGUUCCCCGUCACUACGUAACUGUGAUCAACCCGUAGUUACCGGUGCACUUGCUAUCUCCGGUGCUAUUGGUCAGCAGUAAAAACGCCAACGGCACUUAACCAUGCCAUGCAGAGCUUCUUCACUUUGACGCCAUGACUAUUUUGAUUUUCUAGGUCUUGACAGUUUCCCAGGUUAACCGAACGUCGCCGACCAUAAGGAUGGCUUCUAAUAAGGCGCAUGUCGAUGAAAAUGGUGUACGCAACAGGCCAUAUACUCCUACUCAUGGAGAAGGCUUAAGAGUUACGGGUAUCUACCCAUGUCUUCUUGGCUGGAACGGCAUAAAGUCCCCAACUUGGGUUAUCCCACUAAGGCAGGCCACAUUUCAUACCCAUCCCUCGACCAAUACCAACCCCCCCCCCUGUCAUCUCUGUUAAUGACAUGGCACCCAAAGUAAAUCAGCCCUUACUGCCUGCGUCGUGUAAAAAGACAACUGGCCAGUUUUAGGGGUGAAUUGGCGACUGCUUCCGAAGAUCCAUUCUUCAGCCAGGAGGGAUGGUAAAAGCUUCAUCGCCUUGAAUUUGUGAUAACAACCGCUGGUGCAGUCACUAGGGAGACUCAUUAGUGACCUGCAACCCAUACCAUAGAUACAGGCAAGCAGACAAGUCAACUCAGGAAAGGUCACAAAUUUUCAUUAUACCCUGACUGCCUUUGCACACUCUCUAGUAAACAGCUUAUGAAGCCCCCCGACCCGACGCUCUACCAACUGAGCUAUGAGGUCCAACUUCUGACCAAAUUUUAAUUUUGCUUCUACCACCGUGGGUUUUGCCGACUACCAUAUGAAUUAGUAACGCGUUACCGUCGCUCGAUCGUACUUAUACUGGCUGCCUAGUCAGGACUACUCAUCCCAAUCCAAAUCUAACUGAAUUAGAAAGGGGGAGCACUAUAUUGAUUAUUAUCUUGACUCCCAUCUGAGAUAGCCGUAGUUUGCCAGACUAGUAUUGAUACUAUUAGUUGGUAGAGUAUCGGGUCGGAAACCCGGCGGUCGCUGGUUCGAAUCCAUCCGCAGUCCAAAUUUUCAUUUCACCUUCAAUCAUCACCCAGCAUGAAUACUAAUCUGCCAAACACCACAGUCAUCUCAGAUAGUCAAAAUGAUAAUCUUUAGUAAUCAUCAUUUUCCACUUACGGUAUAUUAAUCAUGAUGAAUGGUUAAAGGAUACACAAAAUAGCUACCGAGUUGCAACUUAGAUAAAAUCAACAUAGAACCUGGCACACAACUCCAUUGGUUUAAGGUGCCACACUGAUGUCAAAGUAGAUAAAGUUAUGUGAGAGAAAAAACAACUUGAAGAUAAAGGUAAGUGUAAAUAUUGAAGCUUUAGACGACUUCAAAAGACGGAAACAGCUGUGCCAUUGUAACUCAUUUUCAACCAUGUCACAAAGUCAGUUCAUAACCACUGACUUCUAUCGUCUCAAGGAGCCAAGUCAGGUAAUUUACUUCUACCCACUCGGCUCAAACCAACAGUCAGGGACUUCAUGUAUUGCUGUCAUUUUUGAUCUGGCCACACUAGGCCUUUAUUCAACCUAGUCCAGCCUCCUCUAGCAUCGUAUUUAGAGGUAGAAAGUGGCUUGGUAUGUACAGCAAGUGUAUGAGGCACCUCAGUCGAUGAAGGUUCACAAUGCUCUAAAGGCAUCAAUGCUCAAAAACGUGUAACCACUUCAUUUCUUCUACUUUCAACGACCAUGUCUCACAGCCGUACAACAGGAUAGAACGAACCAUAGUGGAGAAUACUUUUCCUUUGACAGAUAUUGAAAUAUUUCGCCAAUCAUCGCCCUAGAUGACGCAAGUUGGCAAGUCCCAAAUGGGCCCUCCGUAUCCCAGCUGAGAUUUCGUCAGCCAUCAGCCCAUUUGACGUUAGCUCUCUGUCAUUAUAAUGGUUUAUCUUAGACUCAUAAUUUAAGCAAGAAUGCAACUACUAUAAACAAAUUCUGUAAGCAUCAACGAUGUGAAAUAUCGUAAUAAAGGUGAAGUUAGUUCAACUGUCUUUUUUAUAGCACUUUUGCGUUAAAUGCAACCAAAAAGCUUAGUGACCAGGUUAGAUAAAUUUGACCGACAAAAAAGCGAUAUCACUGACUUCGAUUACUGAUAUGCAUAUCAUUUUAUUGGCGAAGAAUAAAAAACUUUGAUUGUCAACAACUCUAACCAACUUUUAUUGUUAGGUUUAAAAAAAUCAAUAGGAGAAUUAGUUGACUAUUGUCACUGGUCAAUUACACUUAUACUCCAUUGGUCUUGGUGACUAGCCGAGGAAUCCAUGAUGCUCGUUUCGUCCUAUUCGGGACUCGUCAGCUAAACGUACCCGGACCCCAAUGCGAGGCUCGGAUCCAGUACUCUUCGAUUCAAACGCCAGAACGUAAUCCAUUAAGCCACUGGGUCACAAGUGGUUGAGUGUAUUGACCACUUCACUUACCUGGGAAGUAGGAUCAACCCUGGUGGGUCAGUUGCCGAUGAAAUCCCUGCACGAAUGCAAAAGGCUCGGCCGGCUUUCACCAACUUAUGCCACCUAUAGUGCCACCGUGAUGUCCGAUUGUCUACUAAGGGUCACGUGUAAUGCACAACAGUCCGCUCUGUUCUACUGUAUGGCUGUGAAACAUGGCCAUUGAAGGUAAAAGAUAUGAGAAGGCUUCAGGUGUUUGACCACCGUUGCCUUCGUAGUACAGGCCGUAUUCCGUGGUGUCACCAUGUGAGUAAUGCACAAGUCAGGUAUAGAGUUUUAGGGAGUAGAGGUAAAUCAGUAGACGAGGUUAUGAACCUUCAUCGACUGAGAUGGUUGGGACACGUACUACGUAUGCCUAGUCACCGAUUGCCUCGUCACACAAUGUUGGUCGAAGUAGGUCCAGGCUGGAAAAAGGCCCGAGGUGGCCAGACUAAAACAUGGCACCAAUGUAUGAAGUCUCUGACUGUUGGUUUAAGCCAUGUAGGACGAUGCAGACUAGGUGGUUGGGGUCCACGGGACAAGAGGAACCAGUGGUUGGAGACCCUAGGUGAUAUGGCUCAGAACCGAAGUCAGUGGCGCAGAUGUAUACACACAUUAUCCUCAUCUUAACAACGCUAUACCGAAUCUCACUAUUUUGUCACUCCUCUUUCCUUUCUUCUCGUACUUUAUAUUUCUUUUGACUGCAUUCACUUAUCUUCAUCCUUCACCUCACUACCUUUUUACUUGAUGUGCUGAUAUGAGGUG